AGCAGCAGCAUCCUCCUCCUCCUCCUCGCCUGCACAGAGAGCAGCAGCAGCAGCAGCAGCAGAUCCCCUGGGAGGCGCUAGUGAUGAUUUCAUCAUGCUGAUGAGGCUCCUGCCCUCCUCCCCCUCUAUCUGUCUCCGUUACUGAGAGGUGAGAGCCCCCAGUCUGAGCUCACCAGUUCCCGUCACGUUGUUCUGUUUACGCCUCAGCUACAGCCCAGCCCCCAGCUACAGAGGGAGGCCUGCAGCACAUCUCACGGGAUGCCCGGUCCCUCUGCACGGAGGCUGGGGAGCAGGGCAGGGAGGGAUUGCGGGAUUAUUCCUGGCUGCAACGCGUCUUCAACUUCUCUUUCUAUGCAGCCCACAUAGCUCUCUUCUGGCCAGUCAGUGCCUAUAGGUCUCCCGCAACCAGCCCCUAUAGACCUCCCCGAGCCUAUAGAUCUCCACUAGCCACAGCAUAUAGCUCUCCCUCAACCAACCCUAGCGAUCUACCCCAACCUGAGCCUAUACAUCUCCAUUAGCCAGAGCACAUAGAUCCUCUCAGUCACCCCCUAUAGAUCUCCCCCAGCCAUUCCCUAUAGAUCUCCCUCAGCCAUCCCCUAUAGAUCUCCCCCCAGUCCUGAUGAGGUGACUGCAGCAGACCCCUCCUCGCAUUCUCCUUUGCAGCAGACACUGUCACGAGCUCAGUGACUGUAUUCAGAGAUGAAGCUAUGUCUAUUUUUACCAGAAACAACUAGUAUGAAGGAGAACAAGAAAGGACAGAGCAUAAAUACAUUUUGUAUUGUCAUCAACAGCGAUCAGAACGCUAAAUGUUGGGUUUUCUAUACAGGCCAUCCGGGAGUGUGAUUAGGGCGAUACUAUUCAGGAGGAGCUGGCCCUCGGUGUAAUGGAGACACAGUCUUUGGAGCAGCAAAUCCAAAGCGUGGAGCGCAACAUCACGUUCCUAAAAAAGGAACAACUGGAACUGUUGCAGGAUCUUCACCUAGAGAUUCUUCGGCUGCAGAAACGUUGUACAGAGCUAACACAAGAAUUGGAAACAAAGCAAGCAGAGAGUUUUCAGCAAGAUCAGAUUGCGCUAGAAAUGGAGGAAAAGUGCCGAAUUCUGGAAUCCAGGUACAGUGAAAAGGAACAGCUAAAUCACGAACUAAAGAAGGAGCUCUAUCACCGUGAAAAUCGAGUUGCAGCUUUGAGGUCUAAGUUGAGGGACAAGGAGAGAAGGUUCCUGGAUGAGCUUAAGAGAAGAAGUCACCGCGUGACUAUAAUGAAUACUGAGCUGCAGAAGCAGACUGAAGCUGCGGCUUAUUUAUCUUUCCAGUUGCAUGUCAUCAAGCAGAAGCAGCAAAGUCCUCAAAACAGCUGCCAGGUGACCUCCAGGCCCCUUGACUUCACCAUAGUAAAGCAAUCUCAUCAUGAAGGUAAGGUGAAAAGGAAAGUCCACAAGAGCCACAGUGUGUGGAGGCCCGACUGUUCAGUAGACAAAGAUAUGUCAAGAGACUAUCUUCAGAGGGAGCAAAUGACCAGCUAUGAUGAACUUGAAGCUAUGCCAGACCCAGCACUAUUUUUAUACCCUAAGAGGUACAUGCAUGUUCACAAGCAGAGACCAGAACCAAAAUCACACAGCCAGGACAAAAGCGGGCCAGAUCAUGCUGGUGGUGCCAUGGCACUUGGCACUCAGUGGUCCGAGAAUCUCUCAUCAGAUGAGGACAUGCCAUCUUCUAUUCCUGUUGUGAAAGCAAAGCUCCCCAAAAGUGAAAGGGGAAAAAGACGGGCUGUGGCCCGGCAAGACUCACGGGAUUCCGAAUAAACCAGAACAAACAUUCUGAAGUUCUACUGGAAAUAGAAAUUAGUUGCUGAUUGAAGAAAAAAUAUAAUUGGUGGUACUGUACAUUAGUCACUAAAAUGUCCACGCACAUAACGGAUGCAAUGGAUGCUCUCUUUUAGUAACGUCUUCCUAUAUUUUGUUAGAUUUCUUCUUAAUGCCCAAUGGAGUAUUGCAGCUUACUAUCUCUGGAUGUCCUCCCCACAGUUUCUUUUUACCGUUGAUGUCAGUUAUGAAGGGAUUAGUGCAUUGCAUGGUAUAAAACACGAAUAUCCGUGUCUGUUCGUCACAUGUAAGCUGAAGAGUACAUCGAUCUUGCAGAUGAUAAAGUUCCCUUUAUGCUCCUACAAGCAGAAUAAAGUCUGUGUGCAGAACUCCCAGCAGGCAUACGGAAACUGCCUUUUAUGGUAUUUGAAUAUUAUAUUCUUAGGACAAAUUUAGUCUCAUUUCUGCUCAGCCUUCCUAACUAUCAUAACAAAAACAUUUUAGAAAAAAGUGUUUCACUGACCCCAUGGUCUGAAUAAUCAGGAUACUAUUAACAUGGAACUCAUAUGUUUUGAAUGUUUGGGGGAUUUUUUACUUUCCAGUUAAUCGUUCUCGAGUAAAGAUUUAUACUUUUAGUGGAAUGAGGGAAAAAUAGUAACUUGCACUCAAGGAAAUCCGGAAUCAGGUGAAUAAACUACGUACUGUACUUCAGUCGGAUUUUUCUACAUCAAGGAAAAAGAUGUUUUAUUUAUUUAUUUUUGCAUCAGCCGUUUAUUAAAAUUACACUCCGAUUUGCACAAAUGAACAAAGAAUGAGCUGGUUUCUCAAUAUCUAACUCACUUUUCACUUUUUGUUAGUACAUACCAAAGUACCAUAUACAUCACAAUAAGCUGAAGUAAUAUUGCCUAUAGUGCUUUAUGCUGUAUAGUCGGGUGUGGUAUGGUAUGCCGGCGUUUGGGCUCCCGGCGACCAGCAUACCGGCGCUGGGAGCCCGACCGCCGGCUUACCGACAGUGUGGCGAGCGCAAAUGAGCCCCUUGCGGGCUCGCUGCGGGCAAGCUGGCGCGCUACGCGCGUCACGCUAUUUUAUUCUCCCUUCAGGGGGGUCGUGGACCUCCACGACGGAGAAUAAGUGUCGGUAUGCCGGCUGUCGGGAUUCCAGCGCCGGUAUACUGUGCGCCGGGAUCCCAACAGCCGGCAUACUGAAGACCACCCGUAUAGUCAGUAUUAUGCUUAGAAACUGUUUUGGCAAUUGUAUGAUGAUGUCCUUAGCAGCUAGACAGGAAGGCACUUUACUUAUUUAUCAGUGUGCUGUGGUUAUGGCUUUAGCUAAUCUUUAUAGAAAUGCUUACUUUCUUAGCUCCAUCCUUGCAUUGAAUUAUCAUAUAAAUGGUAUCCCAUCCUCACCUUUAUUUUACUCAUGAAAAUCUCAGAGACGAUGUCCAAUGUGUACAGAUAAGCCAAAGACUCCCACUGGUAACAAAUGAAAAAAAAAAAAAAGUUUUCUCAUUCAUUGAUUUGUCUCUAGGCAAUGCUGGAACACUAAGCUGCUACAUUCAGUAUUGCUUUGUGAAUAUAUCAGUUUAAUUCUGUCACUCCUAGUGAAACCCCUACUCUGUACAUAUAUAUCCGGUUUCUCUACAGUAGCAGAUUCUUUAAUCUGGUCAUCCUUUUUAUUCUAGGCACACCCGCACUCAUUAAGACCCCAAAUCACCAGACCUCUCCCCCAUGUUGCUAAGCCUUGCCAAGUUGAAACAUUGAAGAGUUGACAGAUAAUUACUGAAAAGGAUCAUUAAGACAUUUUCAUAUUUAAGGGGGAGAUGUACUAAGCCUUGAGAAGUGAUAAAUUUCACAGUGAUAAAGGACCAGCCAAUCAGCCAUGUUACAGGCUGGGUUUGAAAAAUUAUAUUUAUGAGCUGAUUGUCUGGUACUAUCACUGAGAAAUGAAUAACUUUUCAAAGCUCAGUACAUCUGACCCUAAGGGGGACAUGUACUAAGCAGUGAUAAGAGUGGAGAAGUGUACCACUGGAGAAGUUGCCCGUGGCAACCAAUCAGCAUUGACGUAACACUUAUGAUUUGCAUACUAUAAACAUAUACAGAGCAGCUGAUUGGUUGCCAUGGGCAACUUCUCCACUGGCUCACUUCUCCACUUUUAUCACUGCUUAGUACCUGUCCCCCUUAGUGAUGUAUCCCAUUCCCAGUAUUUGAGAAGAGAUUGUGGAAAGUUUCACUGACUCACAAACAGUGGGACUGGGGGAAUGCGCCCCAGGUGAAUCUUCCACUUAAGUCAUCUGAGGAGUGCCCCCAGGUCUCUCUUCUACCCUGCGCACAGAAACAAAAAAAAUGCCCUUUGCUCCUCUGCUGUUCAUUAGCUGCAAGAGUAUAUUAUGUGCAGUGUGACACCAAUCACCCGGGAUUACUUCUGUGGUCAUUACAUUAGCAGCAUGGUGGCUUGCAGUGUGUGUAGGGGUGUCAGGGAGGAAAAGGAAGUAUCCUGUCUUCCCUGUAUCCAUCUACUGAGUACAAAUUACUGAACUGCUAGUACACUGAUACAGUGACUGAAGGAAAAAGGGGGUUAUUUAUCAAACCUUCUAAAGAGGACAGGGGAGUUGUUGCCCGUAGCAACAGGUCAGAUUCUAGCUUACAUGUAUCUGGUACAUUCUAUACAGUAAUUGGUCAUAUGAGUGUGAUGCACUGGUCCGCUUUGGAAGGUCUGAAUAACACACUCAGCAUGUUGGCUGUUAAUGUCUAAUGACUGGUGGGCAGAGGAAGUAGAGCAAGCUGGAGGCUUAAAGGUGAGCACCUUGUGUCUGACACCCAAGGCCGGGUACACAUUAGGCGAUAUAUCAUUCCGAUGGGAAUUGGAACAAUAUAUCGUCCAUAUCGCUCAGUGUGUAUGCUCACCUGUGUGUUCACAUGCGUCGUCAGCAGGAUCAUCCCAUCUGAUGUGCUGCAUGCCAGAUGGGCUGUCGAUGCUGACGACCGCCUGUAGGUGAAUGCGGAAUGUACCGCUAUGUCGCGCGGUCGUACACCGGAUCAUGCAGUCUGUACGGCCUUGCUAUAUAUCGGUACAUCGACUGUGCCACCGGCUGGAAUACACAAUGUCCUGAUGUGUACCCCACCUUAUAGUUGUGCUGCCUGAGGUGCGAUUCUCAAUUAUCCUUAUGUUACAAAUGACCCAGAUCACAGCCCUUGUCUUCCAGCAGUCCUAACUUGUAGCCCCUAUAGAUCUGAAUAGUCCAGUCCCCAUUACCAGUCAAUUUUUGCAGCAAUUGGAGCAGUCUCAUGGAAUUCAUCUACCUGGUUGAACAAGUCUUGUCUCACAUGUGACUUUUAGUAUGCAGUAUCUGUCCAAUCAGAUGAACCUAUACAGAGACACUCCUACUUUCUCUUUAAUGGUAAAUCUGUUGUCAUAAUGUGGCCUAUAUAGCUAAACAGGGGCGGAUCCAGAAGAAAAUGAUAGGGGGGGCACCAUGGAAGGAGCAAGUACAUUUGCGUGCGGCUUCGGUGCAUGUGAAGUGGCGCUUCUUAUACAAUGCCCACAGUUGUAGCGCUCAUUAUGCAAUGUCCACUCUACUGGUAGUGCCCCUUAUAUAGACCCCAUAGUAGUGGUGCCCCUUAUGCAAUGCCCGUAUUGCCCCCAGUAGUAAUGUUGCCUGUAGUAAUGCCCCCAGUCAUUUAGCGCCCUAGUAGUUAUGCCCCCAGUGGUAAUGCCCCUGCAGUUAUGACCCCAGUAGUUUACCCCCCCUUUAGUUUAGCCUCCCAGUGGUAAUGCCCCCAGUAGUUUGCCUGCUUGUAGUUUAGCCGCUGUAGUAAUGCCCCCCUUGUAGUUUAGCCCCCAGUAGUAAUGCCCCCAGUAGUUUGGCCCCUGUAGUUAUCCCCCAGUAGUUUGGCCCCUGUAGUUAUGCCCCCAGUAGUUUGGCCCCCCUGUAGUUUAGCCCGUGUAGUUACGCCGCCAGUAGUAAUGCCCUCCUGUAGUAUGCCCCCAGUAGUUAGCCCCUUUGUAGUUGGCCCCCAGUAAUAAUGUCCCCCAGUAGUUUGCCCCCAGUAGAUGCCCCCCAGUAGUUUGCCCCCAGUAGAUGCCCCCCAGUAAUAAUGCCCCCAGUAGUAAUGCCCCCCAGUAGUAAUGCCCCUUGUU